AUGACCGACGAAAAGCAGAUACCAAGAUCUAUACCGGUGAUACUAUUCAAGACACCAUCUCCUUCCUCUUCGCUUGACCAAUACACACAAUCACUCUCAUCAACAUCGUAUCAACCCACUUUCAUACCUGUUCUAGAAGAGACAUACGAUACGACCUCCCUCGUACCAAUACUAGAAGGAGGAUCUGAAGAUUGGGAAGGGGUGAUAAUCACUUCCCGGAGAGGUGCGGAAGGAUGGGUGAGAGCGGUCAGCGAAUCUCGUAUUGGUACUGCAUCAAAUACGAGAGGUAAAGGAAAAGGCAGGUGGGACGAGGUUCCCUUAUUCACAGUUGGAAAUGCAUCGUCAGAUCAUCUUUCGGAAGCCUCCAUCCCAGCAAAAUGUACACCCCACUCGAUCGAAUACGAAGGAGGAGUACCACCCAAAUCGGCUAUUCAUCUAGUUCCUCAUAUAAUAGAUCGACUACCAAGAUCAGAAGAAAGGCAUAGGAAGUAUCUAUUUGUAAGAGGAGAUAAGUCGACGGAAGUACUUCAAGAUGAGCUGAGAAGUAAUGGGAGGAUAGUGGAGGAAGUUAUGGUCUAUAGUACAACGCCUAGAUUGGAUAUUUUAGAGAACAUCAAUACAUUUAGAGAAAGCCAACAACCACAAUCACAGCCGAAAUCAGAUGGGGAUGGAGAUGGGAAGGGGAAUGGACAAGAAGGGAAAGGAUGGUUAUGCUUCUUCUCACCUUCAGGCGCAGAGGUCGUCUUGCCUCACUUGAAGGAUCCGAAAGACGAUGAACAUGGAUUUGAGGAUGGGUAUUGGAAAGGAUGGGAGAUAUUUGUUAUUGGAGAAACUACGAAAAAGUAUUUCGAAGAAAGGGGUAUCAAUGUUGAUGCAGUGGCUGAAAGACCUAACCCGCAAGGUUUGUUGGAUGCUAUACUAGGGUACGAUAGUAUAUGGCAUGGUGUGAAGGCCUGA